AUGGGCUGGCUUUCACCGGUGAUCAUAGCUGCGAAGAUCUUCAUUCAGACACUGUGGCUACAACAACUUGAGUGGGACCAACCUGUCUCUUUAACAGAAGAACGAGUGUGGCAGCGAUUGCGCGACGAGUUACCUUUACUCGAGCAAGUACGCGUACCACGCUGGAUACAAAUUAGCACGGCGGGUAGUCACGCUGAGGUGCACGGAUUUGCAGAUGCUUCAGAGCGAGCAUAUGCAGCGGCUGUAAAUCUCCGGGUUGCAGAUCAAGAAAGUCGACAUUCUUUUUUACUUCAGGCUAAAACCAAGGUAGCUCCAGUGCGGCCGAUAUCGCUUCCUCGUCUAGAACUCUGCGCGGCCGCUCUCUUAGCAAAGCUAACAGUUCACGUGACGACGGUCAUGAAAUUGACGUCUGUGCCUCUUCAUCUCUGGACCGACUCAACGGUUACCCUUACCUGGCUCAAAGAUUGUGCUUCACGCGGGCUCUCUCCAAAGGAUCUCUUGGAGCCUUCACUCUGGUGGAGCGGCCCGACCUGGCUGACUGAAGAAGCCGAGUGCCCCUUCAAAGAGGACUCUCCGUCGCCGCCAUCGCCGUUACCAGACGAGCGUUUGCAGAUACACGCUACCACCGUUGACCCUGAAGAGGGUCAGGACACACCUCUGCUGCAGCGCUUUUCAAAGCUACAUCGCCUGCUGCGGAUGACCGCUUGGUGCUGUCGUUGGCUUGAGGCGAUCAGAACACGACACACUUCAUCUUUUUCAGGAGGUUCGUUGCCGAGACGCAGUUUGCUGGUGAAGCUGAUCCCAUUCAAGGACGAGCACGGAAUCAUUCGGGUCGGCGGGCGGCUUAAGCACGCCGUUCUCUACCCUGACAAGCGACAUCCUGUGAUCCUGCCUCGUGGGUCUCAUUUUACAAUGCUUGUAAUCGAGGCCUGCCACCAGAAGACCUUGCAUGGAGGAGUGCAGCUAACCCUGGGACAACUCCGUCAACGAUACUGGGUGCCCGGUGGACGCCUCGAGAUUCGACGCCUCAUUCACCGAUGCAUUCCCUGCAUGCGAUGGCGGGUGGCUUCUCCUCAACCUCCAAUGAGUAAGCUUCCGAAGUCUAGAGUGCGGCCCUUCACUCACACUGGCGUGGAUUAUGCGGGACCGGUGCUGGUUCGAACAGCAGCGGGACGAGGUCAUAAAUCGAAGAAGGUCUUCUUCUGCAUCUUCAUCUGCCUUGCCACCAGAGCUGUCCAUCUCGAGUUGGUGUCCGACUACUCCACGGAUGCUUGCAUUGCCGUUUUUCGACGGUUCGUCUCACGUCACGGGAUGUGUCAGUCAAUGUACAGCGACAGAGGUACAAACUUCGUAGGCGCCGAUGCUCAACUCCGAGCACUUUUCCAAGCAGCAGUGGAGGACAACCGACAGCUGGUUGAACUUCUAGCAAGCAAGGGCGUCGAAUGGAGAUUCAAUCCUCCGGCCGCUCCUCACUUUGGAGGCCUUAUCCGACGACCUGCAGAUCUCGCAGCCUUAACUCCAGGACACUUCUUAACAGGUGCUGCGCUAACAUCCGUGCCGGAGCCAUCUCUUUCCUGUGAGUCUCUCAAUCACCUGACACGAUGGCAGUGUCUGCAGCGUAUGCGUGAUGACUUUUGGAACAAAUGGUCGAGAGAAUACCUGCAAACUCUCAACGCCCGGACAAAGUGGUGGAAACCAAAGAUCAACCCUGACGUCGGUGAACUCAUUCGCGGAGAACAAACGCCCCGAGUCGUUGGCCUCUGGCACGGAUCACGGCUGUACAUCCUGGUGACGACAGACAGGUUCGCGUGGUCACCGUUCGGACCACAUCUUCCUCAUUAA